CCCAAGUCCGGCUUAUAGCAGCAGGUGAAGAAGUGAGUAUUGCUGUGUAUACAAAGUACGGUUGACCCUGAGGCUAGAAUUCACGAUAGACCCUUCAUGUUAUUUUAUGUUAUUAAGCUUCUAGCCCACAUCAUGUAAAUCUCUGCCAAAGUUGAAGAUAAUAACGGUCAGUGAUGGCAUGGGGCUGGUCUGUCAGGAUCGAGACCGGAUGACGCGUGGCUUGAGCCAUACGAACCCGCCCAUUAGCGUUUGGCCGUUCUUAUUAGGCCUCUCGAACAUGUGUUCCUACAGUCUGGGUGAUGAGUCUACCUACUCCUGUAUGGAAGAUAAUCUUCACCCCCAAAUGAAAUAAAAAAGUUACUCUUGGGGCUGACAAGUCCCACCAUAGACCUGACUGACAUCUGGUGCUAUGGAAAAGGCCAAGUCCUUUCAACGGUCGGCUUUUGGCGGGAAUGGCAGACUAGCUCAAGUGCCGGCUACAGGAAUAGGCGAGAAGAAGCAGAAUGGG